AAUUAUGAUUUGAGUCAAAAGCUAAUAAAAGGGAAAGUAAUUAGAGCUUAACCGGAUAAUAAUAAACAAAAUCAGAAAUAAAACCAAACAGAACCGAGCCAAACCAAAGGAAUACACUCAUACAGAUUUUAAAAACCCUACUUCAUCAUCAUCCCUUCAACACUCCUUUAUAGCUUUUCUCCGCCUCAUUUUUUGCUUCUUCUCUCGAUUUGCUCUCACGGAAGAUUUUGCAGAACGUCUGAUCCGAUAUCUGAAGCCCAAGUUUGCUUGAAUUCCGUCUGAGCAAUGGCUUUGGUCUUGCACACGUACAAGGGAAACAAAAGUGCUGAUAAGGCACUCAUUGCAGCAGAGUACGUUGGUGUGAAGAUCGAUGUCCCCUCUGACUUUGAGAUGGGUGUCACUAACAAAACCCCUGAGUUCCUCAAGAUGAACCCUAUUGGAAAGGUUCCUGUACUUGAGACUCCCGAGGGAUCAGUAUUUGAGAGCAACGCCAUUGCCCGUUAUGUAAGCCGAUUGAACGGUGACAACUCUUUGAAUGGAUCCUCCCUGAUUGAAUAUGCACAAGUUGAGCAAUGGAGCGACUUUGCUUCAUUGGAGAUCUAUGGAAACAUCUUAAGGUGGUUUGGCCCAAGAAUGGGCUUUAUGCCAUACAGUGCUCCGGCUGAGGAAGGUACCAUCUCUGCGUUGAAGAGAGCACUUGAUGCUCUGAACACUCAUCUCGCUUCCAACACUUACCUUGUCGGACACUCUAUUACCCUUGCUGAUAUUAUCACGGUCUGCAACUUGAACUUGGGAUUUGCUACUGUCAUGACCAAGAAAUUUACCUCUGAAUUCCCUCAUGUUGAGCGGUACUUCUGGACUGUCGUUAACCAACCAAACUUCAAGAAAGUGCUGGGUGAUGUCAAACAGACUGAAGCUGUCCCUCCUAUUGCUUCCAAGAAAGCUGCCCAGCCUGCGAAGCCCAAAGAAGAGCCUAAGAAAAAGGAAGCCCCAGUAGCAGAGGCACCUAAGCUUGCCGAAGAGGAAGAGGCACCAAAGCCCAAAGCCAAGAACCCUCUUGACUUGCUACCACCAAGCCCUAUGGUACUAGAUGAUUGGAAGAGGCUUUACUCAAACACCAAAUCUAACUUCCGCGAGGUUGCUAUUAAAGGAUUCUGGGACAUGUAUGACCCAGAGGGAUACUCACUUUGGUUCUGUGACUACAAGUACAACGAUGAGAACAUGGUGUCAUUUGUCACGCUCAACAAGGUGGGUGGGUUCCUUCAGCGUAUGGACUUGGCACGUAAAUACUCUUUUGGAAAGAUGCUGAUUUGCGGGUCAGAGGGUCCGUACAAGGUGAAGGGUUUAUGGCUGUUCCGUGGACCAGAGAUCCCAAAGUUCAUAAUGGACGAGGUGUACGACAUGGAACUGUACGAGUGGACUAAGGUUGAUAUCUCAGAUGAAGCCCAGAAGGAGCGUGUUAGCCAGAUGAUCGAAGACGCAGAGCCAUUUGAAGGUGAGGCUCUCUUGGACGCCAAGUGCUUCAAGUGAAAAGAGAGAAUGGUUUGGUACUUCCAUUUACCGGUUUUGCAUCUUGGGCUUUACAUAUCUUUCUAUCUCUGUCUCUCCCAUAGGGAUUUUGCUCUGUGACUUGUGUCGCAUAGACUGUUUUUUCUAAUUGAGUGUCAAGGACAAGUCUUUUUAGUUCUUUGUUAAUGUUUCGCCUCUCUUUUUUUUUUUUCUUUGUUGUGCCAGAAUUGUUUACCAUACCAGUUUUCGAAGUUCUGACCGGCCAGUCUACCCUGGCAAUAGGCAAUAACAUGGUCUGGUUUAU